GCGAGCAAGUUGUCGGUAACUGUCUGCAGCUCAACAACCUGGGCCAGUAACCGCCAGCAAAAAGGAGCAUCGUUUCUAACAAUGUCACGACUGUUUUUGCCAAACCGCUUAUGUGCCCCAUGCCCCCUCCUGUCAGCGCGGGAGUCUCCUUUGUUUUUGACGCUACGAGCCGGAGCGCGAGUGCAGCAGCAACAGUCAGCAAAGCCAAAUGUUUUUAUUCAGCAACAAAGACGAUACGUCGGACGCUCCAACACAGCCUUUUCCAAAUACCGGUCAAAGUCCUGGAUUUGGAUGUGUGGUGGUGUUGGUGUAGGCAUUGCUGUAGCUGUCGGACUGAAAUGUCGCACUGACGCAGUCAACAGUUCGUGUGUUGAUAAAGUUGCAGAAGCAGAGAGGACUGAUCGAUACAGCGCUGCAGUUAAAGUUAGCAGAGACCUUGUGGAGCGGAUAAAGGUAGGCACAAAGGCUGAGGUCGGGGCUCCUGGCCUGGUGGUAGGGGUUUCUGUGGAUGGUGCUCAGGUCUGGUGUGAAGGGAUCGGAUUUGCUGAUUUGGAGAACCGUGUGCCAUGCGGCCCAGAAACAGUGAUGCGAAUUGCCAGCAUCAGUAAACCCCUCACAUCUGCAGCUGCUGCAAGACUGUAUGAGGAAGGAAAAUUAGAUCUUGAUGUCCCGGUUCAGAAAUAUGUCCCAGACUUUCCCCAGAAACAGUUUGAUGGACAGGAUGUCACGAUAACCCCUCGUAUGAUUCUUUCCCACCUAAGCGGGAUACGACAUUAUGAGAAGGAUCCAAAGAAAGUGAAAGAAGACAAGGAGAAAGCUAAGCGACUUCUGAAGCCACCAGUUAAAGAGAAAGAGGAUGAAAAGAGGUCAUCUGAAAACAAAGAUAAACCCACAACAGAACAGAACACUAAAGGCAAAGAAGCCACUCAGGCUCAGAAGAAAAAAGAGUUUGAGCAUGAAGAGUAUUACUUGAAGGACAACUUUGAAAGUGUCACUCAGGCCUUGGACCUCUUCAAGGACGACCCACUCAUUUUCAAACCGGGCACCACUUUUUUGUACUCCACCCAUGCCUUUACCCUGCUUAGUGCUGUUGUGGAGCAAGCUGCUGGCCAGCACUUUCUGGAUGUCAUGAUGAACAUGUUUCGUGAACUGGGAAUGCUCAAUACUGUGCCUGAUGAGAAUGACCCUAUUAUUUACCACCGCUCCAGAUAUUAUCAUCUCAACAAGAGAGGACGUGUUGUCAACUGCCCGUAUGUAGACAACUCCUACAAGUGGGCAGGAGGCGGCUUCCUUUCCACCGCGGGAGACCUGCUGUUGUUCGGUAAUGCUCUGCUCUACAGCUACCAGGUGGCCCACCUUAAGGACACUGAGGGCUUGCAGCCUGGCUUCCUCAAACCCCAAACUGCCUUAGACCUCUGGGCACCAGUUGACAGGACAGAAGGCAGCUGGGAUAAAGAUGGAGUGUAUGCCCAAGGCUGGCUGGUAGUGGAGAAACUCCAGAAGUACGGCCAGUGCAGGAAGCGCAGACACUACGUGUCGCACACAGGUGGCGCUGUGGGAGCUAGUAGUGUCCUCCUGGUGUUACCCAGUGAGGAGAUAGACCAGUGCCAAGGACAGAGACCCCUCCCCCCGCAAGGAGUGGUGGUCACAAUCGUCACUAAUAUGCAGUCUGUGGGACUCAAUAGCACAGCACUGAAAAUUGCACAUGAGUUUGACAAAGCCAGACGCCUGUAAGAGUAAGUUGUUUACAGAAAUGCAUGAGUUUACAUUUUACUGAGAAGUAUUUCAGAUAAACUGUGUGAUCUUGUUUGAUUUUGAUACAGUUUUUAAAUAUGUCUAGAGGAUGUUUUAGGAAGUGGAAUAAAUCUUUAACAUCUAUUUUAUAUACAUUUUAUGAAAUGCCAAGUCAAUUCAGAUUUCUUUCAGUUACAACACUUGGCAGGGAUGCU